UAACGGCUCCCGCAGCCUCUCGCGAGACUGCCGCCCCUCUCGCCUCCGCCCCCACGUCACCGGCAGACUAGACGGGGACAACAUGGCCGAGCGGAGGAGACACAGGAAGCGGAUCCAGGAAGUUGGUGAGCCAUUCAAAGAGGAGAAAGCUGUAGCCAAAUACCUACGCUUCAACUGUCCAACAAAAUCUACGAACAUGAUGGGUCACAGAGUUGAUUAUUUUAUUGCCUCAAAAGCUGUGGACUGCCUUUUGGAUUCUAAAUGGGCAAAAGCCAAGAAGGGAGAAGAAGCCUUGUUUACAACUCGAGAGUCUGUAGUUGACUAUUGCAACAGACUCCUAAAGAAACAGUUCUUCCACCGAGCAUUGAAAGUGAUGAAAAUGAAGCCUGAUAAAGAUACAAAAAAAGAGAAGGAGAAAGGAAAGACUGAGAGUGGCAAAGAAGAUGAGAAAAAGAGCAAGAAGGAAAGUGGCAAAGAUGAAAAGACUAAGAAAGACAAAGAGAAGGAAAAGAGAAAGGAUGGUGAGAGAGAAGAAUGCAAGAAGGAUGAGAGCCCAGGAACACCCAAGAAAAAGGAUACUAAGAGAAAAUUUAAACUUGAGCCACAUGAAGAUCAACUUUUCCUGGAUGGAAAUGAGGUAUAUGUGUGGAUCUAUGACCCAGUUCAUUUUAAAACAUUUGCCAUGGGACUUGUACUUGUGAUUGCUGUUAUAGCUGCAACUCUUUUCCCGCUUUGGCCUGCAGAAAUGCGAGUAGGUGUUUAUUACCUCAGCGUAGGCGCAGGCUGUUUUGUAGCCAGUAUUCUCCUCCUUGCUGUUGCCCGCUGCAUUCUCUUCCUUAUUAUUUGGCUGAUAACCGGAGGAAGGCAUCACUUCUGGUUUUUACCAAAUCUGACAGCGGACGUGGGUUUCAUUGACUCCUUCAGGCCCCUGUACACACACGAAUACAAGGGACCAAAAGCAGACUUAAAGAAAGAGGAGAAAUCAGAAUCCAAAAAGCAGCCAAAGUCUGACAAUGAGGAGAAAUCAGAUAGUGAGAAAAAGGAAGAGGAGGAUGGAAAAGUCGAAGCAACGGGCAACUCAGGAGCAGAGCGGCAUUCAGACACAGACAGUGAUAGACGGGAGGAGGACCGAUCCCAGCACAGUAGUGGAAAUGGAAAUGAUUUUGAAAUGAUCACAAAAGAGGAACUUGAACAGCAAACAGAUGAAGGAGACUGUGAGGAGGAAGAGGAAGAGGAGGAAGAGGAAGAAACUAGAUCUUUACAUGAAAAAUCCUAACUCACUGUUGUUGAGACUGAGUAUGUUCAAAAUAAUUGGGUUUUCUUCAUUGGCUGAUCACCAAAAUGUAGUUACAUUAACAUUCUUUCAAUUUGUUUGCUGAAAUACAUGUUAUACAAACAGUUUUAUAUUUAGUUUCUUCAUUUAAAAAUAUUUACUUGAUGACUUGGUACAAUCUGAAGUCAUUAAUACAGAUUUACAAAAGUUUUGUUAAUUGGACAAGUUUUCUGUCAGAUCUUAUGAUUUGUCUAGAGAGUACUCAAACACACUGAAGAACAUAGUUUCCCUACUGUCAUUUUCUGGAACUUGCAUAACUUUUCAAUAAGUAUAGCCUACUCAAAAUAGCUUUGUAAAAUGGUAAAUGUUGACCAACCGAAUUUCAGAUUAUUCCUAGUAUAUUAUUCAUUUGAUAGCUAGUUAAGUAAAGCACUGCUUAGCUCAUGGCUUUCUUGAUUUUUUAUAAAAUUGUAAGACAACUAGUUUUAGCAGAAGGUUAUUAUAAAGUAUUUUGCUCAAGACAUACAAGCUAAUAGUGCUUAUUUGGCUGCAGUGUUUUCAGUUUUGUACAAAUUGUGUACCACCAAUCUAAGAAGUCCAAACUGUUUUGUACAUCUGGGUUCUGAGAAAGUUGUCCUCUCUCAAGGAGGCAAAGGGAAUAGCACAGUUUGGAAACUAUGGGUUUCUUCUCCCCUCCUCCCCAUCAUAAUAUGAGAAGAAAUUAUUCUGUACAUAAUUUUAAAAUAAAACAACCCUCUUUAUUUUAACUGUUACUUAUUAUUUAGAAGUUUUAUCCAGAUUUUAAUUUGUAUAACUGAAGCCAUUUCAGGGUGUGUUUAUUAAAGAAAUGCAAGACAGAGGACCUCUUGGAAUCUGUAUGUAAUUGGUAGAUUUGUCCUAGGAACUUUAGUUUCCUGCCAACAUUCCAUGUAUUUGAGUGAGUAAACUGAUCCUUAUUAAACAAAAGCAGAUAACA